GGAGGACACGAGGGAAACACCUCAGUUUGCCUUUUGACGCGUUCAACCAACUUCCCAUAAACCAUGUCUGCCCUCGUCCUCAUCGAAAGCGAAGAGCACUUUGCCAAGCUCAUUGACGCUGAGAACGUGACCGUCGUCAUGUUCAGCGCGCCGUGGUGCGGCAACUGCAAGCUCGUGCACUCGAAGCUCGUCAAGCUCGCCAAGGAGCUCACGGACGUGACGUUCGCCAAGUUCGACACGACGCAGUUCGAAGAGCUCGCGAUGGACCUCAACGUCUCGGCGCUCCCGACCUUUAAUAUCUACAAGUCGGGUGCGAUCCUCAAGGACUACACGGGCUCCAAGUGGGAAAAGAUUGACGAGCUUAUCCGCGCCGCCCUCAUCUAAGCGUCGUAGACUCUAUCCGCGCUUGUCAGCUUUUCUUAUAUAUAUCCUCAACGACCCCAAACGUGAUUU